AUGGCUCGUACCAAAUCCAAAGACGGCGGCCGCAAAAAAGGGCCCGUCCAGAAUGGACGCGUCCGCAAGUCGCGCAAACCAUCUUCGUCCGUGAGUAACCUUGAAGCCCGGGUUGUAUCCACUGCUUACUCCUUACUAGAAGUCAUCGAGGAGUCUACCCGACUCAAACGACCCGCUAGAGGAUCGCCAGCUCCUAGAUUCCCGCUAAUUAAUAUCUACGCACAUGUGCUGAUGCCAGAUGGCUACGUCUUUGUUCCCAAGGGGGAUUCAUACAUCACCCUCCACUGUCGCCGUAAAACCAAGGAGUCUCACCAAGUUGUCUAUGUCAUCUACGACAAAUCAGGCAAGCGGAUCCAAGGCAUCCGAGUUCCUGCCGGUAUUCAUGCCAAUGUCGUCGAGCUGUCUAAGCUCACGAUCGACUCUCGGGCCAGGACCGUUCAGGCUCGUGAUGCUAAAUACCUCUCUCACGGUCGGAAGCUGCUUAGGUUACACUUCCCACUAAUGCCCGAGGAGUCUCUGGAGGUUAUCCUGAACCACUCAUUCCUCAAGGGCUCUGGACGAGUUGGGCGUACCGCGACGACCACCGACGAACGGAAGGUCACCCUCGCCGUUGACGCGCACAUUCGGCACAAGCACACGUCGUAUGAGAACCUUCUUUCUAGCGGUGUUGAACGAGACAAAGCCCGAGAGACAGUAUGGCCCACGGUUCAAGCUAUCAGAAACACAUGGCAAGAGAAAUGUACCGACUUAAAGAGCCACAUUCCCGUGGGUCACUGUUGCCAGCCCGAGGUAAUCGUGCUGGAUUGA